AUGUGUCUCGCCGAGCGAGACGAGAUUCGCGCAGCGUUUAAAGAGGCUUUGAUCAAGGUGUGGGACUGUUGGAUCGACCCGCAUGACUCUGCAUUGCGGAACAUCAUGUGGGAUGAAGACGAACGUAAAUGGCUGACGAACAAAAGUGUCGCCCCGGAUAAGGAUACGGCCAGCACGCCUACGCAUAUUGGCAAUACGGUCAAGAUCAAGGUGGAGGAUGAUGAUGAGACCGGGAUAGGAAAAGUGAGGGGGGAGGAUUGUGAUGAAGCGCAAGGACAAGAGCAAGGUGAACCAGAAGGGGACGUCUUGUUCGAGCAUCGGCCCGCACAGCUCUCGCUUCUCCCCGAUCCUCUUCUUAAACGGAUCGUCGAUUUGGUCAUUCAAGCUUAUAAGACAAACGACAUGUCUGACCCGGCUGCUGAAUCGUGCUCACCCGCCGAUCAUGUGGAAUCUUACUCUGAAAUCGAAGACAGUCCUACUGAUGAACCUACACUGACGCUGUCCAACUUUUGGGCCAACCAGAAAAUUAGGGCAUGGGCCGAGCGUCUAUGCCACCUUCGGAACACCUACAAUUUCUAUUUCGAAUGGAAGUCAGCCAAGCUCACAAAGGGUUAUGAAGUGUCGAACGAUGUGGAAAGAUGGCUUGAGCAAUCUCCCCACCAUCGGGACGCAAAACAAAUCAACAUCACCCUAUCAUUCGAUAGGAUUUCCCUCGCCCAGGUCCGCAUCACGCCCUACGAGCUUAUGUGUAGGCUUACGUUCGGGAGACAGGAAGCUGCGAAUGUCUGGAUCCAUUUCGUUGCCAGUGGAUCUAAGCAUAGCGUUCGCUUCGAUCACAUCGUACGAAGCUAUUGGAAAUCGGCUCACACGGGGUCCUGGUUGGAUUUCGUAGAUCAGCGCACGUACCAACAAUGGGCGGUCAACAGGUAUGGACAAAUAGUCUCCGUUGAACUCCCCAACUUCGGACUCGAGCCUCCCGCCAAAAGGCGAAACGCGACUAAGCAACCCAAAGAAAUGUCCGCCGGAGCGACACACCGCAAGGGACCGAGGGAUACCAACCCCAUACCCUUGCUUUGA